AUGGCUAGCUCUCAACAAUGUGCUGGAUGUUUGAACGCAUUACUCGGUGAGACACACUUGUCUUGCUCUCGCUGCGAGGUUAAAUUCCAUCUGAACUGUCUAAAUAUGAGUUUAGCCGACUAUGAGUCUGAUUCCAGCUGGCUUGGGAAUGUCAUCAAAUGCCCUACCGAUGAGCAAGAUAUUCACUAUUGUUCCAGAGUCGCUAAUCUAGACAGCAAAUCUAAUUGUCCAUGCUCUUUUCUCGCCAAAUUUGGUAGCCCACGUUUAUGCGACGAGGUUCUCGCGGCUUCUAUAAAGUUCAAUAAGGAUGAUCAACUCAAUUCUGCCACUGGCAUCGAUGGCAUUACAAAGUCAGCUGCCUACGUGGUUGAGCACGUUACUCUUGUCGCGUACUUUCCUUUCGAUUAA